AUGACUCACCAUACUAGUCACCACCUACGGCCACCUCUCCGACCUCCUCCUCUUACUCGCAUAUCCGCCUCCUCGCUUUUCUCCUCACACUCACAAGUCACCACCCACCGUCCUUCUCCCUAUCGAGUUGCCGAUUAUUCUCUUGCCGAGCCUUUCACUAGCUCGUUGCUCUCCCUAAGACAAGCACUCGAAUCUAUUGAUGGAUUCCCUGGAUUGAAAGGUACAAGUGUUGAUAUUGUACAUUCAAAGAUUCAAAGAAUAUUCCCGGAAGUAUCAAGCUUUUCUCCUUUUGAAAUAUCUUUGGAGGAAAAGUUCUUACCCAUUAGUUCCCCCGACAACAGGACAACGGGACAUGGAAAUCUUAGCCUCAUUAAAGAGGUCACGAACCGUAUCUUGGUAGGUUAUUUGAGAAGCCUACCGCACAUGAAUUCUACUCGUCCUAACCGUAAUUCAUGCUUGCGGAUCAAGUUUCUCCACUCGAUUCAUCAACAUAGAAAUCUCCAUCCGAACUUCUCAUCCCAGGAAGUCGACGGGAAGAAUAUUGCCUCCUUAAAGCAAGAAUCUAAACUACCCGAAGUUAUAAUUGUUGGAGGAAGAGGUAUGAAUUGUGGUAAGAAUAAAGAAGAGCGUCUACUGGGUGCCACAUUGGGGGCUGCAUUUGCGGGUUUCGUUGUUUUUGAGCAACGAAAACGCAUCUAUCAAUCCAUUUCACCUAAUCAUACUCAAUUCCAGAAUUGUAAUACAGUCCUUGUUGAUAGUUUGGAAUUACGCACCAACAAAGACCCCAAGAGUGCACUGGGACAAGGGUUGUUCUUACAAAGGUGCUUCAAUGCUUAA